UACCGCGUGUGUGCGGGUACGGGUCCGUUCUUCUAGUCCUCUCGGUGCGACACUUGAGCGAUCCGACAACGCCCAUUUUCGCAUCGUUCAUUUUUUAAUUUCUUCUCUACUUAUUUUCCCAUCGACCCCUCUCAUGGAGCGCGGAUCUAUUGAAAACGGAGUUCGCGACCACGGCACUUGUUUAAUGAUAUUCACACCUAGAUAAAAGACUAUUGAAUUCUGCGUCGUGGAUUCUGUGUUUCAUGAUAUUUGGGUUGUAAGUGUAACAUGACCGAGCCGAGCUGUGUCUACAUCUACGAUGCUUAUAUGCAGAUACGAGGUUCAAGUUCAAGUUCAAGUUUAAUUAUGAUGUACCUUGAAGGAGAGGGGACAGGAAGAGGGAAGAAAGCCAAGUCAGAGCCAGCAUCAGAAGUGACGAGGAGGUCGUCUGUUAAGGGUCGUCAAUCCGUGGACAGAAAGCAGCCCCCAGCGAGAUCAGUGAACGGCCAUAGCAGAGAGAGACCCACGGCAAAGAGGCGGAACUCAUUAGCCAAGGAUAAGAAAACUCAAGUUCAGAAGCGAUCAACAGCGACAACAAAGUCAGAUCUGCAAAAUGGAGAUGUUCAUGAGCCGCAAGUGACUAGGAAAUCUUCAAAAAAAACUAAUGCUGAUGUUGUGGUGAAAAAAGAACAGGAAGAAAAAGAACAGGAGGAGAAAGAACAGGAGGAGAAAGAACAAGAAGGAAAAGAACAAGAAAAAGAACAAGAAGGAAAAGAACAAGAAAAAGAACAAGAAGGAAAAGAACAAGAUGGAAUAGAACAAGAUGUUAAUGGUAAGAUUGUGGAUGGUGUAAAGCCGUGUGACACAGCAACGCCUGAGCAUGCGUCGUCCCGCAACGCUGAUGAUGAUGAUGAUGCUGCCACCACCGUUGAUGACUUGCAGGAUAGCUCUGUUGGCAAUGCUGGCUGCCCUGUAUCAGAAGCAGAGCUUGCUGGUGGUGAGUCAGCCUUAGGAGGAGGGGGCACGACAGCCGGCGUGGAUCAAGUGGCUUCAUCACAGCAACCCAUGACAGGUGUUGGGGCAAUGGAGAGGGGGCAGAAUCCAACCGAGGAGGGGGAGGAUGGUGACACAAAGCUUGAUGAUGAGGCAGAGACAUCAAGCUCAUCAAUGUCAGUCUUACAGGAGAACGACGCUAUCCCCGGCGACCAGGUAGACUUUCUGAGUGCCAAGGCAGCAGCGGCAGCCGUCGUAUCGGGGGUGGCCCUAGCUACGGCGGUACUGAUGGAGGAUGAGCUGUCGAAUGCUAGUAGCUUUGGCAGUGGCAGCAUGAGGGGUUUUGAGGAAACGGGGAGGGGUGAGUCAGCAACGUGGAGUGACAGAUGUCUGAACCAGGAGGGGGAGACUCAGAAUGGGGUGGAUGGAGGGUCACUGAAGGCAAGAGCGACGUCGCCUACCAGCUCUCUAUCCAAUGACAGCACUCCAUCAAAGAACUCCAUGAAGAGAAGGCGUCCUUUUGAAUGUCCAGAGUCCUUGACAUGUCAGGUGUGCAACAUUGACUUCGUAAACGCCCAUGAGCUGACUCUCCAUGUCCGUACCCACAACGCCGCUAGCUCUCACUCCUGCACCAUGUGUGGUAAGAAGCUGAGUUCUACCAGUUCCUUGGACCGCCACAUGUUGAUCCAUUCUGGAGAGCGUCCCUUUACAUGUCCUCUGUGCGCCAUGUCCUUCACCACCAACGGCAACAUGCAUCGUCACCUCCGCACCCAUGAGAAAGGAGGCGAGCUUCCUCCUCCGGAUUACGUGGUGAAGCACGACUAUGCCAAGCCUCGUAAGCGUGUUCCCUCGAGACGGCUCAUCGAGAACCUGGACAUGGAGGGUGGGUCUCCGCAGAGAGACGGUCAACCAGCUAAAAAGAGAGCGCAUCAUGGUGAGAAGAAGUCUUCAGAGAAGAAGCUGAUGGUGGAAAGGAAAAGGCCUCUGAACCUGAGUAUGAAGGUCGUGAAAAGCUCUGACGAAGCAAUCUCGGAUGAACCCAUGGACCUGUCCUCGGGGGAAACACACACUCAUGUGAGCGAAAGCAUCGAUGAGGAGAAGAAAAUAGAGGAGGAACUGUCGUGCCCAAUAUGUGGUAAGACAUUCUUAUGUCGGAAUGGACUCCAGACACAUGUAGAGCAACACCCUAACAAAGUACUGGAAUGCAUGAUUUGUAAUGCGACGUUCCGCAACCAGAAGGGUCUACGUAUGCAUGUCCACAUGGCUCAUCGAAGAAGCAAAGCCCCAUCCCCUAUCACAACGGGAGAGAAAGAAUUCUCAAGUAUGGCGGAGUUGGGUUUUGCUGAAUUCUCUUCUCCAAAGUUUGCCCUCAUUGCUCAGUUGUGGUGCGAGAAGAAUUCACCCAGAACAACCGACAUGGACAGUAUAUAUGCCUGUAAAGACUGCAACAAAUCUUUCCCCUGCCAAAGUGCCUUAAACCUUCAUCAUGAAAAAUCACAUUCCAUAAUUGGGGAUGAAGAGAUGUAUGCUGACAGUGAGAAUAUUGAGCUUUCAAACGAAGACGUUUCACGCGAUGAAUUCCUUGCUGCUUUGAAUCUGAAACCAAUAUCCCCUCCUCAGUCACCUCAGAAAGUACCUCAAACUUCACCCAAUAAGUCACCACAGAAAUCCAAAGACAAUGACAAAGCAGAGAGCAGCCGCCCUGCACCUAUCCUGAAUAGUAUGCUGAGCAGACCCUCUCUUGCAUCUCCAGAGAAAGCAAAGAGCUCUUUGCUUCAACAGCAUCUUCAAGCUUCACCUCUACUAGCUAUGAAGCACUUCUCCAACCCCCUAGGUGCACAGGUCCAUAUUGCACAGACCAAGUCAACACCUAUGAAGCACUCCCCAGUCAAGGGUGUAACAGCUGGAAGUGUCCCACAAAUCAAGUCAGAAAUGGACGUUGCUGAAGGAUCAGAGAGUAGAAUCGAGAGUGCCGUUGAACCAAAAUCUGGUGAUGUAGCCAUGGAAAUGCACACGCCUCGUGAGUUUGCCAAUCAGAAUAAUUCAACGGCAGAAGUUCCUGAGAAUCAAGCUGGGGACAUAACAGCAGCUGAAGCUGAAGGAGACUUUGUUGCAUCACUGGAGGAAAUCGAAGAGGAACCUUGUGAUUUAUCAAAUGCCAACAAGAAGAAAGGCACCCAUACCUGCAAAUACUGCAAGAAAGUCUUCCCCUUCUCUAGCACCUUGAAGGUCCAUACACGCAGCCACAUGGGUCUGAUGCCUUACAAAUGUAUGCUGUGUGAUUAUGCGAGUGCAGACAAGAGCACCCUUGUAAGACACAUGCGCACUCAUAGUGGAGAACGCCCAUAUUCAUGCAAGGUCUGUGAUUUUGCAUUCACCACCAAAGCCAACUGUGAGCGUCACGUUCGGAAGCGACAUAACAAGAAUACCAAAGAAGAAGCCGAGGAGGUGAUUCUUCACAACCCAAGUCCCAAGCAUGACGAUGAAGGCAAGUACAGCUCCCCAUGCACAGUCUGCAAGAUAUGUGAUAGAGAUUUCAAGUUCUUCAGAGACCUCCAGAACCAUCUGCGUGUUCAUGAGAAGACACCGCAGAAGCCCUUCACAUGCACCAAGUGUCAGGUAGGCUUCAGUAGCCUCAGCAACUGUGCCCGCCACAUCAUGAGGCGACAUGAAGAAGUGAAAGCAGAUGAAGUGGAGACCUACAUCACUGUGUUCCAGCAUGAGGAUGAAAAGAAUGCCCCCAUCAUCAAAGUUCCAAAAUUUAUAAAGAGUGAGUCAAGAAGUGUUACCCCUGUGUUAGACACUGAAGGAGAGCAGGUAGAGCCACUAGAUUUUAGCCUGAAGAAAAGCCCUGAGAAUGGCAGCACCGUUGCAAGGGUUGGACAGCGCAGAACCUCAAUAUUUACAGAAGACACCCCUAUCGACCUGUCCAUGCCUAAAUCAGCUCUUCCACUGAACUUCUCUGUCAAGCCUGCAAAUUCACUCGGCCUGCAUCGUUUCAAGGAAGUCUAUCAUAAGUUCUACGAUGAAGGUUCCGAUGCAUUAAUGUGCCCACACUGCCCUUUGCAUUUCAAACGUGGUAGUCAUCUAAAGUCACAUAUCAGAAGCCAUACCAAUGAGAGACCUUAUCGCUGUCACCUCUGUCAAGCGGCCUUCACCAUGAAAGCAAACCUAGAAGCUCAUAUUGUACGUCGCCACAACAACUCUGAUGAGUGUGAAUCCCAACAAUCCUUCAUCCCAAAGAGUGCCACACCUAUGCAGUUCAAACUCAUGGCCAAGUCCUCAUCAGGUCAUCGUUUCACAUCAAGAGCAUCAAAGACUGCUGUCCCCCUCAUCUCACCCAACACUCCAGUUGGUGCAUCUCAACAGAUCAAACUUGGUCCUUCUCCACAUAACAGUGUUGGGUCAGACUCCAGUGGAGAGCUUGCCAGUGUCAGCAAGAUGUUGGCAGCUACCGACUCUAAUCAGUUCAAGCUCUUCUUGUCACCACCAGAAUCUCGAUCACCGCUCACAGUUUCAGAAAUUUUCCGUGAAACAGAUGAUGACUACAGAGAUGAAGAGAGCCAGGAAAUGUUUACCAAUGUCAAGGAACCGCCAGAAGUAAGACUCGACCGCAUUCAAAAUGGCAAUGUUUUUUAUCAAGAUAAUGUGAGUGACACGAUGGAUCUAAGUAUGUCAGUCAAGGUAGAGGAACCAGAGCUGGAUCAAUCAUUUGCAGAUGAUGAACUAGGUGGACCGCUCCAGAUUGUGGAAGAUGAGAAAGCAACAGAUGACAGUGAGAAGGAUAUCAAGGAAGACAAAAAGGAAAGAAGGGGAACAAAGUUUGAGAGCAAACAGUGCUGUCCCUACUGUGGCCGGCGCUUCCCAUGGAUCAGUUCUCUCCGAAGGCACAUCCUCACCCAUACUGGACUAAAGCCUUACCAAUGCCCUCAGUGUGGUGCCAACUUCUCAACUAAAUCAAACUGUGAGAGACACAUAGUAAGGCGUCAUGGUGGUGCAAGACCUGGUAGUCUUGGAGGCUCAGUGCCUGGUGGACAAGAUCAUCCCUUCAUGUGUCCAGAAUGCAAAGGGUUUAAGUGUACCACAAGAACCCAGCUGCAAGGUCACUAUGAACAGAACCAUCCACAAAUUGACUUUGCAGGCAUCUACCCGGAGGCCAAGAAAGUUGCUUCCACUUCGGUUGAUAUCGUGAAUCAACAACUGGAUGCUAAACUUGCUUCAGAAGCUCCCUUGUGUUUGACAGUGGACAACAGUAAUGGUGAAAAGAGCAAUGAUGAAGACACCACACAGUCUGAAGACAUUCCAGCAGAUUUGUCAACUACCCAUUCCAAGUCACAGAAGAAGUCUAAAGGUGUUCCUCUUAAAGUGAAAAUGUUUACUGGCAAGGGAGUUGUCAAGGUUGGUGCAGUGAACGAAAAAUCUACUAAUAUUUUAGGGGAAGACGAAGGUGCCACUACCAAUCAAGGAUCAAUGGUUGAAGAUGAAGCUAGAGAUUCUCUUGCUGAGGAGGUCUCACAAGGGUUGGGAGAAGAGGAAGGGGAAGAUGUAGACGAGGUUUUAGAAGAAGAAGGAAUGGAAGGCAUCCAGCAUUCUGGUGAUGAUGUAGAUGAAACUGAGCCUCAACUCGCUGCAGCUGCUGGACUGAGCUCUUCCAAUUCAAGGCCUCGCUCUAAGGGAAAGAAAAACCGAGCUCGAUUUGAAUGCACUCAAUGCUGCAAGCGUUUUAAGACUGCUGCAACGCUCGAGAAGCAUGAGAAAGUACAUGAAGUUGAACACCCUUUCCACUGCACUGAUUGCAAGGCAACUUUCACCACUAAGUUCAACUGUCAUCGCCAUAUGAUGAAGUUGCACAAGAAGAGCAGAGAAGAAAUGGCUAAUUGGUCAUUGAAAGAGGACGGCUCUGGAAGUAUCAAGAACAGUGUUAUGAAUGGAGACAAUGGGCAACAAGUUUCAGAAGGUAAUCAUCAAGCCAAACAAGAACUAGAUGAUAUGUCCCAUAUUUCUCUUAAUCUUGGAGACAGUGUCAGUGCCCUAGGAGAGUCCAACAAGGGCAGCAGAAAUGGUACUCCUGUCCCAUUCCGUCUGGGUCAGAAGGGUAAGAAACGUCCCAGCAUGGCUCAACUUGUGAAGAUGACCAAGUCUCCAAAGCUUGAUGAGGCCCUGAGGACUGGUGCAGUACAAGAUCUACAGGGCAGCACUGACAAACUGAUGGCAGUUGAGAACUGGUUGAACUCUGACCUGGACCUGCAGAACGGUCAGAUGAAUGGCUAUGGCACAGACGAUGAGAUCAACUAUGACGGAGCCAUUCCCAUCCUGAACCCAGAGUCGCCCACAUCUACGCAAGAAAGCCAACGCAACUCUGCAACCUCUGCUAAUCCUAGUGGCUCCAGGAAACCCACCCAGCAGCAGGGGCUGUACGUGUCCAGUUUCUUAGAAGACGAAGACUCUUUGGUGGCCCAGGAUGUCGCCAACCCCUCUGAUGUCUUCUCUGGUGGACAAGGUGAGGAAAAGAACGACAUCAUCUCAAAUCUCUUAGGAAUCCAAGACUCUUCCGUUCUUGAUCAGAUGCUUGAAUCCGCUGACUCAGCUGCUAGACUUCUAGGAGUAUCAAAUGGAUAGAUAGCAUUAUAAACAUAUCAUCUGUACAUAUCCUUGUGUGAUUUACAUUCCAUCACUAAACUAUCUUGAUUGUCUUGAAAAUGUCUUGAAAAUUUCAUGAAAGAAUAAGAAAAUGUCACCUUUCUAUCUUUAGAAUUCAUGAUAAUGUAUACGUGCCUCUUUGAUAUCGAUCUUUCAAUUUAGUAUCUCUUCCAUUUUCUACAAUUUUUGACAUUUCUGAAUCUUUUUUCCAGUUUCACAUUCCUUUGUAUUUUCCUAUUUUCUCGAACUUCCACUUCAGUAUUUUCAUCUUGCAUGUCUUGUGCCUUUUCAAAAAUAAUUCUGCCUUGCCGGAAUCCAUAUACCUCUGCAAUAAUUAGACUUCAUUAAUUGAAAUAUAUAUGUGUUGGUUUUAUGAUGUCAUAAUUUGUGCCUGUAUGUGUAAAGUCUUGAAAUACAGGGAUAUUUAAAGGUGAAGUUCAAUUUCCUGGCAAAAAGUAAGUCUUGGUAUUCCCAUGUCGUGACUACCGUGUUGAAGUGGGACCCGAUAUGCUGGUAUAGAUACAACUAUUCUAUUUGUGUGUGGAAUAUAUGGUUCUCUUUUCUGAAACAUAUUGAUGUAAGUCUAUUUCUGGUUGUUUAUACUUGUGAUCUUCAAAUAUUAAAAGAAGAAAAGACAUCAAACUUACUUUCUAAACAGUCUAGUUAAAAUUCUGAACACUAAUUUGCAUAUUCUGUUUUUGUACUUUUAUGUAAAUGAAAUGUAUUUCCAAGUGGGAUUCGUUUUUCAUUUAACAGUUAGAAUUUUUAUCAACUGGAAUGAAAUAUCAUGUAUAAGAUGAAAUUGACUACUAGUGUUGAAAGGAUUGUUCUAUAAUCAUUUAAAUGUGUUAUGUUAUGAGUUCUUUUCUUCUGAAAACUUGAAAAGUUGUUAUCCUUGAUUCUGAUUGUUGUUUAAUAUGUUCAUGCUGUAUCACAUACAAUAUGUAUAUGUAUUUGUUGUUAUUUCUCCAUUACUGGCACAUUUAUCAAUAUCAAAAUCAAGAAAUGUGGUAUACCACAGGGCUUGAAUUGUUUGAAUUCGAAUUGCUGCAAUAUUUUAUUGGAAAUUAUAUGUCCAUAAAUGAUUUUUUCUUUUAAAUAGUUAACCUGACUAAGACUUGAUAACGGUGCAUUUAUUUCAUACACAUUGUUUUAACCUCCUUGCAUAUAGGUAGUCAUACAGUUGUAUAUUCAGUGGAGGGACAUGAAAGAAUUGAUAUGUUGAGAUUAAUUCACAGAAUAUAUCUCUCGGGGAGAGAAAAAAAAAGGGUUGUAAAUAUUUAUGUGUUUUAGACUGGGCACAAGCAAUGUAUGAAGAUACUGUACUACUGAGACAGGUGUGUAAUAAUGUUUAUAUCAUACUUGAAAAUGACUAAGGCUUUUACCUGGUGAAUGUAAAAUAUUAAAAUGAUUAUGGAAAGUAUUGAUUCAUUAAGAGUUAUGUGACUCUCUGUUUUAAAGGAAACUAUCAAAAUUAUUGAGUUGAAUUUUUUCUUUUCACAUUUGAAAUGGUAAAAAAAGACGUUUGCAUAUGUUUGUUGAUAAGUUUAGGUUUGCGAUAUUAUUACAAAGCACAUUGAUUGUGUUAAGACUGAUUAAUUUAAAUCAUUUAUAAAAUAAAAAUGGAUCUUUAACAUAUGUCAUUGAUUGGCAGAAAUCUUUAUGAAAAAAUAGAAACUGAUCAGAAUGUAUUAAAUUGGGAUUUCAUAUUUGUUUAUUGAAUUUAUAAAAGAUAAUUUUAUGAUUUAUGAAAGGUUGUGGCAAUUGUAACUAUUUUUUUUUCUUUUUCUGAAAAUAUAUGUACAUUUUUGUUAUUUCUGUAAUCUUCAUGAAAUAGGAAAUAUUAAGAUCUCCUUGCUUCUGGCCCUCUUUUAUAUCUGUAAUUGCUGCAAAAUUUUAAAAUAGAAACCAUAUCCUUCUUUUUCUGUAAUGUUAUCUGGGUUGGAAGUAUGUAGAUAUUCAUAUGGCCAUAGCAUAUCAUUUUAAGCUUUUAAACACUAAGUAAAAAGACUUGUCAUAUUUUGAUAAUUCAUGACAUGUACAUUGUCAGGCAUCAUGUGGGUGAAAUGAAACAAAUGCAUUACAACAUUAGUUUGAUUUUUUGGGAUCAAAAUUUUGCUUUAUAUCUGCUUUAUGAGGAUUCCUAAUGCUUUGUCAACCUGUUGAGGGUGUUACAUAAGUAUACUCCGGCCGUCAUCUAUGGGAAGUGUGUGUUAUCGCGAAAUCAAAUAAUCCUCAACCUGUUAAAGAAAAGGUCUGAAAAAUAUGUCAAAAAUCAUGAAGACUAGCAAAUAUAAUGUCAUUUAGUUAUGAAUGAUUUGAUAUGUUCAUUCAUUAGAAAAAGGUGAAUUUUCAACCUGGAUCGAGUACCCUUCAAAAUCUGACCACAAAUCUUAUUUUAUAUAAUGUUGGUCAAGCUGAUGCUUUAGUUUGGUCAAGAAGGUAAAUUCUCUUUAGCCACUCGUGCCUUGAUCUAUGUAUUGUUGACUUGAAAUGAAUAGCCCCUGUCGUCUAUAAUGUCCACUUUCUUGAUGUGUCAUCAAAAAAACAAUCUUCCAUAAAUUGUCUUCCUCACAUUUUUUGAUGUGGUAGUUAUGGUACAAAAUAGGAGAGUGUUCAUGUCUUCCGAGAUUAUGAGAAGUUAAGUAGACUGUGAAAUAAAUUAUUACGGGAUUAUGCGGGUUGUAUUUUAUAGAUUAUAUAUAUAUGUUCAGAUUUGUUGGUGUAGUAAUGAUCGAUAAUAAAUGUUUUAUGAUCAUGGA